AUGCGUGCGGCAGAAGCCUGUGCACACUUUACAUCGGUGCAGCUCGGGACCACCUGGGAUGGGGACCGGGCAGGGUGCACCGCCCUUGCUGAAUGAGAACGUGGGCGGGGCCCGGGGCGUGAGGACCGGAUAGUGAUUGAAAGUGACUAGCAGAAGGAUUUGGGUUGGGUAUUAGAGAGAUAGAGAGAAAGCGAGAGAGAGAGAGAGGGAGGGGGUGGGGGGGAUGGGCGAGUGAGGGAGUGAGCGUCCUUCAGCAUCCCGAGUAAAGCUCGUAAAGUGUGCAAGAGAAGCAGGAAGAAGAGGAGGCACAGUAAGCAGAGAGAGAGAGAGAAAAGCGGGAGGGGAGGAGGAAGACGACGAGCAGCCUUCCCCUCCGAGUCAACAUUUUCUACUUUUUGAUACUCCUUUUUGCGCCGUCGAGGACAUCCUCGCCCGUGCGAGCAAAAUAAUUAUUUUUUUUAAUUUUCAUUUGGAUUUUUCUUCUUCAUGACUGACAAGAACCAACAGUGGAUGAUCGGCGCCGGUCCCGCCAGGAGAGGGGAGGACGGCGACCGUCCCGUGGAUGCGCGUGACUAGACAAUCAAGAGGGCCGGAGACACGGCCCUAACCUCGGCUUUGAGGCACGUAACUGUGUGAACGCCAUCCCGCACUCCCGGCGGCACUAUGGUUAAAGUGCACGCCAGGAUCAUUCCCCAAAAGCAGACCCCGAAAGCCCAAUCAAGAAAGGAAGAGUGUCCCGGAUCCGUCCCGGGGGACAUUUGCAGUCACUUCUUCAUCGGCCAGUGAAAGUCAACCGAGGAUGUCCGACGUCUCCCUAUGAUCGGCACCCCAUGCGCGUCGCCCCUCCACCGAGCCCCGACCGCCACCCCGCCUGCCAUGCUCCUUUGGGUAGCGCUCUUGCUCCUGCACUGCUCGGCCUCCGCGCUGGGGGGCCAGUACGAACUAUGCAAGUCUCUGGUGAGCACGGAUGACGGCUCCGUGUGGGAGCAUUACGCGUGCCAGCCUCGGGCCGAGUCCAUGAAGGACUACAUGAGGAUCAAGGUGGACCCGCCCGGCGUCACGUGCGGGAACCCGCCCGAGAGGUUUUGCACCCUGGAGAACCCAUAUCUGUGCAGCGAUGAAUGCGACGCCUCCAAUCCAGACUUGGCGCACCCUCCUCAGCUGAUGCAGGACCGCGAACGCAACGGUCUACUGACCUACUGGCAGACUGUCACGUGGAGGCGCCACCCGGAGCCCCUGCUAGCCAACAUAUCCAUGUCGUGGAACAAAAGUCUGGAGCUUACCGACGACAUCCACAUCACCUUCGAGUACGGCCGGCCCACCGUCAUGAUCUUGGACAAGUCCAUGGACCACGGCCGCUCCUGGCAAGCGUACCAGUACUACGCCGACGAUUGCCUGGAUGCCUUCGGCAUGCCGGCCAAGCGCGUACGCGACCUGACGCCCGCCAACAUCACUCGCGUAAUCUGCACCGAGCAGUACUCACGCUGGGUGGGCUCCAAGAGCAACAAGAAUGUCACGUUGGAGGUACGGGCGCGCUUCGCUAUCUUCGCCGGCCCGCGGCUGCACAACAUGGACAGCCUGUACACGCGCAUGGAGAGCAUGAAGGGACUAAGGGACUUCUUCACCUUCACCAACCUCAGGCUGAGGCUCCUCAGACCCGCCCUGGGAGGCACGUACGUGCAGCGGGACAACCUGCUCAAGUACUUCUACGCCAUCUCCAACAUCGAGGUGCCUGCCAGGUGCAAGUGUAACCUCCAUGCCUCCCAGUGCCUGCUGCAGGACGGCAAUCUGCAGUGCCAGUGUGAGCACAACACUACGGGCCAGGACUGCCAGCGCUGCAAGAAGGGCUUCAAGGCCAAGUCCUGGAAGGCCGGCUCCUACCUGCCCGCACCUAACGGAACCCCCAACACCUGUACGAUUGCUGGUUCGCCCUCCGGUUCUAAACAUGAGACCCAAGGCCGCAGAAGCACCUUCGCAUUUGAACCCGAGGAAGACAAACAUCAAAGAGUUACCCUUCUUCAUGAGGAUCAUAGACAAGGGACAACAACCUCAUUUGAACCCAAGAAAGGAAGAAAAGAUGAAUUGUUAUUUUCUCAUGUGCUGGAGGAACAUGAGACUCGUGACCACAAAGAUCAUUUUUCAUCUCUCCAUGGGGACUGCAGGAAGGUUCCCAAUGAAAAACAAGGUGAAAGUGAAGUGUUAGUUUCUCAUGCGCUUGAGAAACAUGACACUCACAGGCUCAAAGGAACUUUCUCAUCUCACCAUGAGGAUGAUCACAGUGAAAGUGAAGUCUCUCGUGCACUUGAUGAACAUGAGACUCACAGCCACAGAGGCACUUCCUCAUCCGAACACGGGGAAGACAAACACAAAAGAGUUCCCCUUCCUCAUGAGAAACAUGGCCAUGGCACAACAACCACAUUUGAACAUGAAACAAAAAGAAGCGCUAAAGUCCCGCACGCACUUCAGGCACAUGAAAGUCAUAGCCACAGAGGCACGUUCUCACCUGAACACGAGGAAGGCAAAAGUAGAAGAGUUUCCGUUCCUCAUGAGAACCAUGGCCAUGCGACGGCAACCUCAUUUGAUCAUGAGACGGAAACGAUAACUGGAGUGUUAGUUUCUAAUGGGCCGCAGGAACAUGAGAGUCGUGGCCACAAAAGUACUUUCUCCUCUGAGCGCGAGGAGGAUGGGGAGGGCAAGGACAAACAAAAAGAAGCUGAAAACAGACCUCUGGUUUCCCAUAAGCAUGAGGAAAAUGAGACUUAUGGCCACAAACGUGCUUUCUCAUUUGAGCAUGAGGAUGAAGUUGAGGAAGGAGGCAACCAAAAGAGAGUUUACCACAAGUCUGAGAGACAUGGCCAUGAAACUCAUGGACACAGUAUUUUCUCACAUGUGCUUGAGAAUGAAAUGGAAGUUUCCCAAAGGUUGAAGGGACAUGCACAUGUGGCUCAUGGCCACAAUGGCCAUUUUUCCUCUGAACAUGAGAAUGGCAGAAAGGUUGAGGAAGAAGACAGUGGAAUGAGUGUUCCCCACAGGUCUGAGAGACAUGGGCAUGAGACUCGAGCACACAGUACUUUCUCAUCUGACCGUGAAAAUGACAGAGCAGGUGAAGAGGAUGACAAAGCCAAAAGAGAGGUUCCUUUGAGAAUAUGGGAUCAUAAUGUGCACUCUGGUUCUGUCCACGACUCAGUUUUGCAUUGGUCUGAAGGAAAUGGACAUGAAACUCACAGCCACAAGACACAUUUCUCAUCCGAGAAUGAGAAUGGCAGCCAUGAUUCACACAGGUAUGAGGGGCAUGGGCAUGAGAGCCACGGACUUCUUACUUUCUCAUCUUUGCAUGAGAAUGACAGGGAAGUCUCUCACAAGUCUGAUGGACAUGGGCAUGGGACUCAUAGCCACAAUGGUCAUUUCUCCUCUGAGAAUGAGAAUGACCGAGAAGUCUCCCACAAGUCUGAGGACCAAGGACAUAAAACUCACGGUCACAGUCAUUUCUCCUCUGAGCAUGAGGACGACAGACACGGUAUUGUUUCCCACAAGUCUGAGAGACAUGGGCUUGAAACUCAUGACCACAAUGAUCAUGUCUCAUCUGUGCCUGAGAAAGAAGACAAAGUCUCCCACAAGUCUGAGGACCAAGGACAUGAAACUCACGGUCACAGUCAUUUCUCCUCUGAGCAUGAGGACGACAGACACGUCUUCCACAAUCUUAGAGAACACUCCCAGGAGAGGCACAGUCACAAAUCAACAAGUUCUGCUGACAAGGAGAGGCAUCGACACAGAAAGCCCGAGAGUAAAGCGCACCACGGUGAGAGGGAUGGAGGCGGUCAUGAAACGCCGGACUCCUUUGGGAACCAUCAUGAAGACGGGGAGGAGGAGGAGGAGGAGAGGAGAGAGAAAAAGCAGAAAGGGCUCCUGAAAUUCUUGAUGUCAGGCCAGCCUGGGGGAAGACAUUUAUUUGGAAUCAUAUAUGAUCAUUUCAAAGACUGUGAAUGCUACGGCCACUCCAACCGCUGCAGCUACCUCGAGUUCCUGAAAAUUGUCACGUGCGUCAGCUGCAAGCACAACACCCGGGGCCAGAACUGCCAACACUGCAGACUGGGUUACUUCCGCAACACCUCUGCUGAGCUGGAUGAUGAGAGCGUCUGCAUCGAGUGCAACUGCAACCAGAUGGGCUCCGUCCACGACCGUUGCAACAGCACGGGCUUCUGCCAGUGCAAAGAUGGUGCCACCGGGGCCAAGUGUGACGAGUGUCUGCCGGGCUACUACUGGAAACAAGGCUGUUACCCUAACGUUUGCGACGAGGAGAUGCUCCUGUGCCAGAACGGCGGGACGUGCUACCAGAACCAGAAAUGCGCCUGCGCCCCCGAGUUCAAGGGGGUUCUGUGCCAACAGUCGCGCUGCGAGGCGGGCAAGGACUGCAACGCCGCCACCGCGUGGCAGCCCUCCACCACCGCCUUGCUGCUUUGCACUCUGCUCGCCUGCCUGCUCGCCAUGCCGCCGCCCCACUGAGCCGCCGCCUGUACACAACCCACGAUUGUCUAUACACCACUAUUGAAAAGUUUGAGAUAUUUGGAUUCAGGGUGGAAAUUCAGGACAAACCUAAAAUGCACAAGAAACUUUAGAGGUGACUUAGUUUGACCUUCUCUAAAAUGACCAUAACUGCAAUAAGUUUGGUUUGAUACUCCUGGCUUAGAGUGUCAGAGAGUGUCAUCUGCAGGUUGCAAAAGUGAUCUAGAAAGGCUGGAAGAGUUGGAGAAAACUGCACAGAGUAUUAUAAUAGCAUUAUAAUGAUUGUGAUGCAGCACGACAGUCAGUGAGAUACUGAAUAUCAACAAAAUAAAAGAAAAAAAAGGACCAAAAGAGGCAAUUGAGCUUAAUGCUAACACGUAAAUAAAUGCCCAUUGAUGGGCUCACAAAUAGCAUCAGUCAUGCCAUGAUAAUUCUUUAAGCAACAAAUACUUGAAGCAAUCAGUGGCGCAACAUAUCAACAUAUAACAAUACUUGCAGGCAUACAUUCUUUAUCCUCUAUGAAUAACUCAUACUUUUGCAGCUUACCAAGCAAUUGUGAGCAUCUUCAUGAAUAUAUUUGUUUCUGUAUUAUACUGCUCCCAGGUGGUCAAGGUGCAUACACCACAAUGUCCAGUGAAAUGAACCAAAAAAAUGAGUAAUUUUUUUUUUGUUCUUUAAAUAUUAAAUUAUGUCAUUACUGUAUACCAUCAGUACCCCUCAGCUUAGGUCAAAAUAAGUUCAGCUGUGAAGGUUCAAUUGCAUUUUAAGUUCAUUCUGAAAUUUCACCCCAAAGCGGAAACUUUUUGGUGAAUUGUGUGUACACAAGUAUGUGUGACCGCAGCACUCACAAAACACACGCACACACACUCACAAGGACACACAAGCCCACUAAGACACACCUCACAGGACUGAUGAAGUGUGUGUGCUCAGGUGCCCGAUGGACAAAAACAUAAUGACAAAAAACUAAAGCAAAAGAGACACAGGUGGGAAAAAAAGAAUAAUAUAUAUUGCAUAUAAUCAUACCAACCACUGUUCCCUUUAUUCCUGAGCAGGAGCAAUGUGCAUUAAACCAAAAAAAAAAAUUGCAGAAUCACCUAAAUCAUCACUAUUUCACUUGAAAAUGGAAUGGCUGUCAACGCGAGGUUUUUGUUUUUUAGGGGGGCUUGCGAAGAGGCAAGCCGAGACCAGCGCGGUCCACGAGAACCUUCAUUUUUUGCCAAGAACAAAACAAAAAAAAAAACACACAGACUUGUACUCUUUCUGCUACAUUUUGUGUUCCAAACAUAUCUUAAGUCCAUGUAUCUAAUGUGCCCACUUAACUGUUCGCUGAGAUUCUACAUAUAUUAUUAUAUUAUAUCAUAGCCAAUGGGUUACGGCAGAUAGAUUUAGUCACAGUAUUACGGUUGCUGUGAGAAUGAGUGAUUGCCACCACACUUUAGCCAGACUUAAUCUUCGCACAGUAUACGGAAAGAAGUGUCAACCAGAGCGAGAAUGAAUAAUAUAUGGCAUUAUUUGAAUAUUUUUUGUAGAAAUUAUUUUUCCUUUCAGGUUAAAAUAAAUUAUGGAGGAAAAAAAAAA